AUGAGGAGAGAGUACACGUGCCUCAACCUCACAAAGACGAGCGACAUGUGGCCCGCGCUCUCUGGGUUGGCACAUGAGACGGCCGAGCUGGACCUGAUGUGGCGCGUCGUCGCGGUCGCCGACUGGAGGCACCAGCGGGCGAACGUGCUCAAGCAAGGCUGGAUAGCUCCGUCCUGGUCGUAG